GAGCGUUCAAGGUCAUACCGUUGACCUCCACCGGGCGAAUUGUAGCUGACAAGAAGUAAUAAUUAAGAUGUAUGCAAUCAGUGAACAUAAAUUCGAACAGAAGUGGCGGUGCGAUGAUUACGCGCAGAAGUGAAGUUACCGUGCGCUUUGCGCUACAGAAGGCGUCUGAGCGCGAACAUGUGCAACCGACAGAAACCGGGGGGCGGGGGGAGACAUCCAAGACAUGUCGCACUCGCACGAUAGUGUCGCAUGAUCGAUGUUGUCGAUGUGUUGCUAUUAUUUCAUGUUCCCCCUCACCCCCGAUUCAUGCGCAGAACUGCGGCGGCAGGUGCCUCGUUUGACGGGGAACAUCGUUAAUCGAUGUGCAGCGAAGCGCCACGAGGUAACAUGCAUGACCCCGGGGGCGGGGGGAGACAUCCCAGACAUGUCACACUUGCUCGAUAAUGGUAUUCAAUCGAUGUUAUUGAUGUGUUGCUAUUAUUUCAUGUCCCCCCUCUCCCCCGAUUCAUGCACGGCAUAUGCGGCACCGCCAGAGUUGACUUGAUAGAAUUAGUCGAUUGUUGCGCUGCGAAGAAAAAUCAGAACAUAGUGGUGCGCACAGAUCGCCACUCGAAACAUUUACAGCCGCACAGGACCAUUACGUAGCUAGGACCUCGCUACUACAGCCAUGGGCGUUUCCAGCCGCCGUAAGCUCAAUCGCAAGACUAGUGCUCCUGGUCCCGUGAAAAAGAAUCUUGCUCGAUCGCCUGGACAGUAUAAGCUCGCAGGACGUCCGAAGAAACGUGAAGUUGCCGGUGGCGAUACCAAAGCAUCCCCAUUACACCCAGCAACUCGAAGCGGUGUAUACUACCACGAGAUAUGGUGGGGACUACGUCGGAUCAGGUCGCACUUUCCAAAUGAGUUUCCAACGAUCGGCACGAACGUCGUCAUCUGCCGAGAACGAUCAGAUGGAGAUGGCGGCGGGGUGUUCACAAAGGGAACGGUUCAACAAGUCAAACCCUACAGAAGCAGAGAUGCGAUCCGCGUGGCGCACGAUGAUGGCGAUUACGACGUGUUCAGCUUGAAAAACUUUCACGUGCAGCUUUGUCCCGUCGAUGAACUAUGUGAUGACUGGUGCGCGUUUCUGCUUAGCGCAAAAGAUUUCUUGUUUUGGCUGCGGAACGAGAAGCUCUUACUGGAGAAUGCGCGGGCUGUAAACUUGCACCAGUCGAUCGUCGAGAAGUACAUGCGCAGUGCAGACAAACUCAAACAAAACUUUCCGACACAACUGCGAAUUUUGGAACUGUGCUGCGGAUCAAAAUCCUUUGCAAACUACCUGCGCGUCAAGUUUCCCUGCGCCAUCAUCGUUACCCUGGACAUUAUCGACUCGGCCCAUCCCACACACGUCGCCGACGUCACCAAAUGGAAUUACAUGGAUUACUACCCGAUCGGAUGGUUUUCGAUAGUGUGGGCCUCACCCCCUUGUACGGAAUACUCUCCCGCGAAGACCAUUGGCAUUCGGAAAUUGCCGAGCGCCGACAGAAUCGUCCGCGCCUGCCUCGACAUAAUCGCGCUGGCGUUGGGAGAGAAGAAAAAUGGCACUUUGGAUGGCGUGUACUUCAUCGAGAACCCUUUCACCAUGCUGCGGAAGAGAAGGUUCAUGCAGUUCCUCCAAGACAACAUGCACGUGUGCUCCUUCUGCAAGUACGGCACCGAUUUCCGGAAGAAUACAUGCAUCUGGUCAAACGUUCCCGACCUCGAGCUCGAACGAUGCACGAAAAACACUCCUUGCUCUGGGUGUGUGGAUGGCAAACAUAUGUGUCGCGCGCAGGGCGGUCGCAGCGCAGAUGGCACGCCUGGCGUUCCGAAAGAAGAAGCGCAACGUAUUCCUGAUGAUCUCGUGGCGCAGCUGGUGGGCAAGGCGCUACAUUACGUAUAGAUAGCUCAUGAGGUUGAAGUCAUCACGUGAAGCAGUAAUGUUCAGCGUCGUCUUCCACCAUAUUCAAUAGAUUGUUAUUAAAAAAAUAGUACUGAAAG